GUAAUUCAUAAUGCUCUUAUCUUUAGUAGGAUGUUUGUAAACAAAUGCAGUUUUUAGAAGAAAUAAUUUAUCAAUUAAAAUAACACGAUAUGGACCAAAGCGCAAGUCAAUCGACGGAUCGAAAGCAGCGUUAUAAAUUAAUUAUCGAUGAGCUGCAGACAAUAAAUAAAUGCAUUGGAACCCGCGAAGAAAGUGAAACAUGUUCAGCCUUGCGAAAUAUCAUAGAACGUAAUGAUAACAUUCACAAAGAGGGUAGCAUUGGUGAUAAGCUAGAAAAUACCAGUGAAGUUGUGCUGGAUGCACAAAUUCUCAAGAGUACCCAUGAGUCAAUAUCGAAAUUAUUGCAGGCCAGCUCUGAAUUCAAUGAUGGAAUGUAUCAGAAUGCCAUAAGUGCCUUAAUAUCCCAUAAUGAUGGCGAAAACUGGCAAGAUAUUACCCGGUUGGCUUUGUUCUGUUCCAAAUCGGUGGCCACCAAAUCAUCUAUGCUGGGCGCCGCCGAUAUCGAGCCCAAAGAACGUAUUGUCAAGGAGAGACAACAACGACGGCGGACGGUACUCAGUCAGGAGAAAAAGCCCGAGACGAUACAACAAUUAAAACGUGGUGAUCGUGGUGCGGAAAAAGUUAAUAUAUUACUGAAACAACUUGAUGUGAUUUUUCGUGCGAAUCACCGGCAACCGAUACCUUAUUACAAGCUAAUCAUUGAUCCUCAUGAUUUUAUGAAUACCGUGGAAAAUGCAUUUCAAAUGGCAUUCUUGGCCCGUGAUGGAAAUAUUGCCAUUGAAAGUAGUGGCAGUGACGGUUUGCCUCAUGUCCGUUUGGCUCACAAAGACGAGCUAGAUGCCCAUCCAGAUACAUCACAGUCGAUAUGUUCGCUGAGUAUGGAUUUGGUGCAGAGAAUGAUCGAAAUGUACGAUAUAGAGGAGCCGAUGUUAAAUAUACCAACUGAUAUCGAGGAGCACAAUGAAGAUGAUGAAAAUGAUUGAUCAUAUUUGUAGGCAUAUUCCAAAGCAAAAUACACAUUCUACAAACCAUGACAUUUUAUAAUUCCUUAAAAACAAAUGUCAUAAAGUUCGCUUUUACAAAUUCGACAAGAAGUCUAAUGUUACUUACCUACGUACCUUGCUUGUAUUGUCCAAAUCUUAGUUUUUACAAAAAUAAAAUAAGAAACACAGAA